AUGGGACGUGACCUGCAGAAGCGCAAGAGGCGCUCGUCGAGGCCCGCCAUCCGCCAGCCCUCAUCACGCCUCAGCAAGCUGCGCAACCCCAUGGGCAACGACAUUGUGGCCAAGAACUGGAACAAGGACGAGACCCAGACCCAGAACUACCGCCGUCUGGGACUCGUGUCGAGAUUGCAGCGCCCCACGGGCGGCGCCGAGCCCGACUACAAGAACGCAGGCCAGGGCAAGAAGCCCAGCCAGCAGCCCGUCGACCACUUUUCCAUCCAGGGCACGGGCGUCAGCGGAGGAGCGGGCGGUAGCAAUGGGGUCGUGACAGAGGUCCGAGUUGAGCGCGACGCCAAUGGCAAGAUUGUUCGGAUUCUAGGCAGCGCCGAUGGCAAGAGGCGGCGGGAUAACCCGCUCAACGACCCCUUGAAUGAGCUGGACACGGACUCGGAGGCCGAGGAUGAGUUUCCCGACGACGGCGAGACGUGGGGUGGCAUCGAGGACACGCGGACCGAGGUCGUGCGACAGCUCGAGGAGGAGGCGUCCCGGCCGCGGGAGAAGAAGCCCCGGACGCAGAGCCAGCGUGAGCGCGAAUGGUUGCAGAGCCUUGUCGAGGCUCACGGCACCGACACAAAGGCCAUGGCUCGCGACCGCAAGCUCAACCCCAUGCAGCAGACCGCGGCCGAUAUUGCGCGGCGGUUACGAAAGCUCGAAGGCGAGGAGUAA